CCAGCUAUCCUAUAGCUACUACCUAUAGCUCUUAAGACUUGAGCAGCAUCUGCACAAUCAACAAUGUCUUCUCCUUCUUCUUCUUUCAUUAAUACAAUUGUGCUCUUUAUACUUUGUUUCUUUAUCAUCACAACUAUAUUCAUGGUCCCUUUAACCAACGCACAACCUUCACCUGGAUUCUCCCCUAGUAACAAAUUUAGGACUAUAGGCUUUUUCCAAGGCUUUAGAAAUUUAUGGGGUCCUCAACAUCAAAAACUUGAACAAAAUCAAUUAACCAUUUGGCUUGAUAAGAGCUCAGGGAGUGGAUUCAAGUCGAAUCGAGCAUUCCGAUCGGGUUACUUCGGUGCCGCAGUCAAACUCCAUCCUGGUUAUACUGCAGGAGUCAUUACAUCUCUUUAUCUCUCGAACAACGAAGUUCAUCCUGGAAACCACGACGAAGUUGAUAUCGAGUUUCUUGGAACGACGCCUGGAAAGCCGUAUACUUUGCAGACAAAUGUGUAUGUAAGAGGAAGUGGAGAUGGGAGUAGGAUUGUAGGAAGAGAAGUGAAGUUUAAUUUGUGGUUUGAUCCAACUGCCAAUUUCCAUCAUUAUGCUAUUCUCUGGUCACCCAGAGAAAUCAUAUUUUUGGUAGAUGAUAUUCCAAUAAGGAGGUACAAGAAGAAGAGCGACUCAACUUUUCCUACGAGACCAAUGUGGGUAUAUGGCUCAGUAUGGGAUGCAUCAUCAUGGGCUACAGAAGGUGGUAAAUACAAAGCCGAUUACCAAUACCAACCAUUCUACGCUAGAUAUACGAAUUUCAAACUCAGUGGUUGCCCUGAGAAUGCACCAAACUCAUGUGGCGCCGUCUCAGCUUCGCCAAAUCCGGCCGGUGGAUUGAGCCGUCAGCAGAACAUGGCUAUGAAAUGGGCUCAAAAUAACCAUAUGGUUUAUGACUAUUGCAAGGAUUCAAGAAGAGAUCAUUCUGUUACACCGGAGUGUUUUAUGGCUUAAUUCUCUUCAUCACCAUUCCUAGUCAAAUUUGCUUCCCUUGCUCUCUCUAAAAAGAUCACAUACGAAGAUCAUCAUAUACCCUGUGAUUCUAUAUCAAUCAUAUUCUUAAUCUUAAACCAGCUCUUGGAAAUUCUUGAGAUGGGGUGUCCAACUUAUUGAAGAGUUGUUAAUCGUCCAAGACUCCAAGGAGUUGAUACUUUUCUUUUUCUUUUUAAAAAUUGUUUUUUAUUUUGGUUUGUAGCUAUUGUUGUGUGCAUAAUUAUUAUAGUAUGGAGAGAGCAAUUAAGGGUGGAGUGAUGCAAGGAAAAAAAAAAAAAAGAAGAAGAAGAAGAAGAAAAAAAUGAAGCCCAUACAAAGUGAUGAGGUUGUAUUAAGUGUAC